AUGGAUAUGCUCUAUGAGGGUAACAUCACCAUUGGAACACCCCCUCAGGAAUUCCAGGUUGUCUUUGACACAGGCUCAUCUGAGUUCUACACAAGUUGGUUCAGACAUUACAAGUUUUCCACCUUCCCGCCUACCCAAAAGACCUUCAGCAUCACCUAUGGAUCUGGGAACAUGAAGGGAUUUCUUGCUUAUCACACUGUUCGGAUUGGGGACCUUGUAAGUAUUGACCAGCUGUGCAGUCAAAGCAUUGUAGAAUACGGGUGUGAGGGUGCACCUUUUGAUGGCGUCUUGGGCUUGAACUACCCCAACAUAUCCAUCUUUGGAGCUAUCCCCAUCUUUGACAACCAGAAGAAUCAAGGUGCCAUUUCUGAGCCUAUGUUUGCCUUCUACUUGAGCAACAUCUCCAUGAAAAGAAAGGUUAUUGCUUGUUCUGGUGGCUGCGAGGCCCUUGUGGACACUGGGACAUCACUGACCUUGGCCCAAGAAGACUGUUCAAUAACAUACAGAAGCUCCACGCUAUGGGUUUCCAAGCACUACAUUUCAUGUUUUGCCGUCUAUACCCUGCCCUCUAUUAUCUUCACCAUCAAUGGUAUCAAUUACCCAGUCCCAGCUCAAGCCUACAUGCUCAAGGAUUCUAGAGGCCACUGCUAUACCACCUUUAAAGAGAACACAGUGAGGACAUCUACAGAGAACUGGAUCCUGUGUGACGUAUUCCUGAGGCUGUAUUUCUCAGUCUUUGACUGA